UCCUUUGUUAUUUCUUUUAAUUUUAUAUAAUCCAAAGCCGAAGCAUAUAUAUGUUUCCCUCCGUCUCUCUCCCCCUUGGAUUCUUCCUCCACUUUUUUCCUCUCGUUUUCUUCGUCGGAGAAUUGCGUCAGUUAUCGCCGGCGAAUUGCCGGGAAAGGUAACCGUAUUUUGUCUACAGCGAGAUCUGGUUGAUCAGAGAGAUUUAGGUUUUAUUCUUCUGUUUUUAACGGAUUUUGUUUUGAAUUUGUGAUUAUUUGAGGAAAAUAAUAGGAAUUUAAGUUUAUCUUUUUUCGGUUUGGUUUCGAUGGAAGAGCGACUGAGAUCUGGUGAGCAUUCGGGUGCGGUGAAGAAUAGGAGCCAUUCGGGGUGUUUGAUUGUGAGGAAGAAAGGGGAUGGUUCGGGUGGAGCCGGGUCCAUUUACGAGCCUAAAACAUACAAGAGGAGGUCUAGGAUGAGUAUGAGUGAUUCGGGUUCUAGCGAUGAGCUAGUUAUGCCACCUCGAAGGCGUGCUGGGCCGGAAACAAUUCAAGUUUGUAAUGGUUUAGCUGCUUAUGAAGAGAGUGAAAUAGGUAGGAAGAGGAAUAGGGAGGAGAGAGUGAGGCCAACUGACAAAGGCUUAUUUGGUUGGAACGGGGAGGAUUUAAGUGAGAGUAAGAAAAGUAGGUUAGAGGUGUUUGACUUUGAUGAGUACGAUGGACUUGAAGAGGAUAUGAUUAUGAGAAGGAGCAGAUUUGGUUAUGGUGGGGAAGAGGUUGGCAGGAGGAGACUGUCUGGUUCGAUGCCUGCAGUUGGUCGGAUGAGUAUUGAGAGAGAAUAUGAGAGUGGUCCUAGAAGAUAUGCUUUUCCUGAGAAGAAGAAGAAGAAGAAGAAUUUGUACUUAGAUAAAACUGAAGGGAUGAGUCGGGGAGAUCAUGAUGAUAGAAACAUGUUUAGGAAGGAUAGGGAUGGCACUCUGAUGCAUUAUCCGUUGUUGAGGGAGAGGUAUAUGGCUGAUUCAGAUGAACCCAUCAGGGUUCAGGGCAAAAAUGGUGUUUUGAAGGUAAUGGUGAACAAGAAAAAAAAGGUUGGUGAGCCUUUGAAAAAUUGUGAUCACUUGGAAGUUGAGGAAGGCCGGAGUGGUUCAAGGAUUGAUGAUAGAGUUCGGAGAAACAUGCAUGCCUGUUCAUCAGUGUACUCUGAUACAGAAGUUCUUGAGAAGCCUGUUUCAUUUGGUAGGAAAGAGAAAAAGAAAAUGAAUCUGCUAAAGACACCAACAACUACGAAGAAUAUGAUCUCUGACUCUAAUUCAGAGGACAGCGAUACAUCUCUGAAGCUACGACGAAAGGAUAAAGAAACUUCUAACCGGAAAAAGAAGGUAAGUAACAAAGAGGAGAAAGAUCAAGUUGAGCAGCUUCAGCCUACCAGAAUCAAAGAAGGAAAAAAUAGGCGUGGAUGUGGCACAGAGAAACAGAAAUUACGUGAAAGAAUACGGGAGAUGCUUCAGGAAGCAGGCUGGACAAUAGAUUAUAGACCAAGGAGGAACAGGGAUUACUUGGAUGCAGUGUACAUCAACCCAGCUGGAACCGCAUACUGGUCCAUCAUCAAGGCAUAUGAUGCACUUCAAAAGCAGCUAGACAAGGACAAUGUGCGCAAACCAUCUGGCGAUGGUCCUGCAUUUACUCCAUUAUCAAAUGAAGUACUCAGCCAAUUAACAAGGAAAACAGGAAAGAAGACGAAAAAAAACCGAAAAGAUGAAAGUGGCAGUGAGGAUGCUCAAGAACCUGUCAGUAGGAAAUCUUCAAGUACCAGGCAUGAAGAUGAGAGUAUGGAUGGCUUGAGUCAUGAAGAGAAACUAAGUUCCUUCAUGAAGGGUAAGUCAAUGAAACAUAGGAUGAAUGAUAACCAUGCCUUCAGUGGAUAUGCAAAAGGUCAAAAGUCUCUCCAGGUGCAUGAUAGCUAUGAAAAACCAUCCUCUAUAUCCAAUUCUCGUCAUAUUCAUGGAAGAAAAAGUAGAAAACUUGGCAGAUGCACCUUGUUGGUUCGUGGCUCUAAUGUGGGUGCGAGUUCAGAGGGUGAUGACUUUGUUCCAUAUUAUGGGAAAAGAACACUGCUUGCGUGGCUGAUUGAUUCUGAGGUUGUGCAGUUGAGCCAAAAGGUGCAGUAUAUGAACCGUAGGCGAACAAAAGUGAUGCUAGAGGGUUGGAUCACAGGGGAUGGAAUUCACUGUGGUUGUUGUAGUAAAAUCCUUACAGUUUCCAAAUUUGAGAUUCAUGCUGGAAGCAAAUUGCGACAGCCAUUUCAGAAUAUAUAUUUGGAUACUGGUGUUUCUCUCCUUCAGUGCGAAAUAGAUGCAUGGAACAGACAAGUUGAGUCUGAGCAGAUUGGUUUUCAUUCUGUAGAUGUAAAUGGUGAUGACCCGAAUGAUGACACCUGUGGCAUUUGUGGAGAUGGGGGGGAUCUGAUUUGUUGUGACAGUUGCCCCUCAACAUUUCAUCAGAGUUGCCUAAAUAUAGAGUUUCUACCAGCUGGUGAUUGGCACUGUCCAAAUUGUAUAUGCAAAUUUUGUGGUAACGGCAGCGGCAUUGCUCAAGAGGAUGAUGUAACUGAUUGUGUCCUUCUCACUUGCAACCUAUGCGAGAAAAGAUACCAUGAAUCAUGCACCAAAGUGACAGAUGAGAUUCAUAUUGAUUCCAACGGUUUAGUUCUUCCUUUUUGUGGGAUAACAUGCAGAGGGCUCUUUGAACAUUUACAGAAGUAUCUAGGGGUCAAACAUGAAGUAGGAGGAGGAUUUUCAUGGUCUCUUAUUCGAAGAACAGAUGCAGAUUCAGAUAUAUUUGCCAGAGGGCUUCCACAAAGAGUGGAAUGCAAUUCUAAACUAGCUGUUGCUCUCUCUGUGAUGGAUGAAUGCUUUUUGCCCAUUGUUGACAGGAGGAGUGGGAUCAACUUGGUAAAUAAUGUCGUUUAUAAUUGUGGAUCAAACUUCAACCGGCUGAAUUAUAGUGGCUUUUACACGGCUAUUUUGGAGAGAGGCGAUGAAAUAAUUUCUGCAGCAUCAAUCAGGUUCCAUGGAAUUCAACUAGCAGAGAUGCCAUUCAUUGGCACACGCCACACAUACAGGCAUCAGGGAAUGUUCCGACGGCUUUUCUGUGCUAUUGAGUCGGUUCUCUGUUCUCUGAAGGUUCACAAACUAGUCAUCCCUGCAAUUGCUGAAGUUACGCCUACAUGGACUGGGGUUUUUGGUUUCACUGCUCUAAAGGAGUCGGUUAAGCAAGAAAUGAGGUCCAUGAAUAUGUUGGUCUUCCUGGGUAUAGAUAUGCUGCAGAAGUUUCUGCCGAAGCUCGAAAACACGACGUCUGACACAGGUGCUAAGCAAACUGAGCCAAUAACAAAUGAGCAAAUCACAGCUGAGGUGGCUAACGGAUCUAAACCUGGUUCUUCAUCUGGGAAUGAAACGGAUGGUGAUUUGAAUCAUUCUGGUCGGAUAAAUGGUGAAACUAGAGUUACAGAUUCAGAUUCCCAAUGUCCAAAUGUAUCUGUAAAUGAUACUUGUGGAACCAGAGGUUCCUCAGAUGCAUCCCUGGAACCUAAUGACGAAACUACACUUGCGAAUUAUCAAACAGGGGACACGAUGAAUGUAUCUAGGGCGGGUAUUAAAUAUGAUGCUAACCCUAGCCCAAGCCAUGACGCGCAUGAGGUGCAGAAUAAGGCAGGACUGGAUUAUCCUGCUGAAGAUUGACAAUCCGAUGAUAGGACUGAUUCACGGUCAGGGAAUAACGCAACCGAAUCUGCUUCGAACAGUGCAAACGUCACUACCUCUAUGGACUAUAAUGCAGUAGACCAGGGAAAUAAAACAACAUCAGACUCUGCUAUCGAG